AAGAGCCCUAGUGUUUUCCUUCACAUAAAUAUUGGAGAAAAACCCGUUUGACCAUUACAAACACCUUUCUCUCCCCUCUCUUUUUCCCCUCUCUCACCCUCUACUCAAAUUCACCGGCGGAGCCACCACCUCCCCUCCGCCGCCGCCGCCGCCACUACCUCAACCACGUCUCUUACAAACACAAAAUCAUACCAAAUCUAGUUCUUAAAUGUAACAACAGUAUCCAGAAUUUUCUGGUCUUUUUCUUAAUGUUCAAAACCCUUGAGGAAAAAAAACUAAAAAGCUUGAUAAAAGAACCAAGAAGACUAAGUUUUUCAUUUCUUGAGAAACCCAUUUUUUUUCUCUUGCAUUUCAAGAAUUAUGAUGUUUGAGAUAUAUAAAUAGGUGUUCUCUACCGGAUACUGUUUUGAUAUUUAAAAUUCUAUGCAUUCUAGUCCGCUUUUUGGCCAUGGCGGACAUUGUUAAAGAGAUCUUGGCAAGGCCAAUACAAUUAGCAGACCAAGUUACAAAAUCAGCCGACGAGGCACAAUCAUUUAAACAAGAUUGUUUGGAGCUCAAAGCCAAAACAGAAAAGCUCGCUACACUUUUGAGACAGGCAGCUCGUGCUAGCAAUGACCUUUAUGAACGUCCAACAAGACGUAUCAUUGAUGACACAGAGCAAGUUCUUGACAAAGCACUCGCUCUUGUCAUCAAAUGCCGCGCUACAGGCAUCAUGAAACGUAUGUUUACCAUCAUCCCUUCCGGCGCCUUUCGGAAAACAUCAAUGCAACUCGAGAAUUCGAUAGGCGAUGUUUCAUGGCUUUUGCGCGUCUCAGCUUCGGCAGGUGAUCGCGAUGAUGAGUAUUUAGGAUUGCCUCCUAUUGCCGCUAAUGAGCCAAUUCUGUGUCUCAUCUGGGAACAAGUUGCCAUACUUUUUACAGGGUCGUUAGAGGAGAGGUCUGAUGCUGCAGCUUCAUUGGUUUCGUUGGCUAGAGAUAAUGAUCGGUACGGGAAGUUGAUUAUAGAGGAAGGUGGAGUUCCUCCAUUGUUGAAGUUGGCUAAAGAAGGGAAAAUGGAGGGUCAAGAAAAUGCUGCAAGAGCCAUCGGAUUGCUAGGACGUGACCCCGAAAGCGUCGAACAGAUAGUGAAUGCUGGUGUUUGUAGUGUGUUUGCGAAAAUCCUCAAAGAAGGUCAUAUGAAAGUUCAGCUAGUGGUGGCUUGGGCUGUUUCCGAAUUGGCUGCAAAUCAUCCUAAAUGUCAAGACCAUUUUGCACAAAAUAAUAUCAUUCGGUUUCUUGUUAGUCAUCUUGCUUUUGAGACGGUUCAAGAGCACAGCAAGUAUACAAUUGCAAGCAAGCAAACUAUGUCGAUUCAUUCAGUUCUAAUGGCUAGUAAUGACUCCAAUGAGAAAGGAGAGCAUGAAGAUGAAAAAUCAAAAAUUUCUCAUCCAAUGAACAAUUCCACUCCUAGUCAAAUGCACAAUGUUAUAACCAACACUUUGGCAAUGAAGAAUCAGAAUCCUAACACUAUCACCAAGCCAAACCAAUCACAAAGUCCUACAAAAAAUAUGCCCCCUCUUGCCAACCAGGUGAAAGGCAACCAAAACAAUGCCAGACAACAAAAGGGUCAUCCACAACAUCAUGUUUUAACUGGUACUAGCAUCAAAGGGAGGGAAUUCGAAGAUCCUGGUACAAAAGCACAGAUGAAGGCAAUGGCAGCAAGAGCACUUUGGCAGCUCUGCAUAGGGAAUGUCACCAUAUGUCGCAGCAUAACAGAGUCGCGGGCACUUUUAUGCUUCGCGGUUUUGUUAGAGAAGGGUCCUGAUGAUGUUCAAUCCUAUUCUGCAAUGGCAUUGAUGGAAAUCACAGCUGUAGCUGAGCAAACAUCUGACUUAAGACGGUCGGCUUUCAAGCCUACAUCCCCUGCUGCCAAAGCAGUGGUUGAUCAAAUGCUCAAAGUAAUCGAAAAGGCAGACUCGGUCCUCCUCACACCUUGCGUCAAAGCUAUCGGUAACUUGGCAAGGACCUUUCGAGCAACGGAAACCAGAAUCAUUGGGCCAUUAGUGAAGCUACUAGAUGAAAGGGAACCUGAGAUUACAAUGGAAGCAGCAAUUGCGCUUAACAAGUUCGCAGCCGCAGAAAACUUCCUUUGUGUCAAUCAUUCAAAGGCAAUCAUCAGCGCAGGAGGUGCCAAGCAUCUAAUUCAACUGGUCUACUUCGGAGAACAAAUGGUUCAGAUUCCUUCACUGAUUCUAUUAUGCUACAUUUCAUUAAACUGCCCAGACAGCGAGGUUCUUGCAAAUGAAGAGGUGCUUAUUGUGCUAGAAUGGUCAUCAAAGCAGGCACAUUUGACCCAUGAACCAACAAUUGAAUCACUAUUACAAGAUGCAAAGAGUAGAUUGGAACUCUAUCAAUCAAGAGGUUCAAGAGGAUUCCAUUAGCUCAAAUAAAUCUGUAAGGAUAAAAAGGAAGUUUUAAAAGGAAAAGAAAAAUUCCCGAACUGGUUUUGUUCUUCUCAAGUGUGUACAUAAAUGUAGCAUUGUUGUUACCAUCAAUGUCAUGGUAACUAAACUAUUUAGGAGACUCCCAAAAGAGCUAAACUGUUAGCCAUUUUUUAUUUGUUAAUUGUUAAUUGUUAAUUAGCCAACUUCUAAUCUUUUCAUA